GCUGGGAGCAUGCGAGCCCCAGUGUGGCGGAGGAGUCCGAGGAGGGUGACAUGUACGAGGCGCCCCCCUGUGAGAGCCAAGCCUGGAAGGUGGCUCCAGCCAAGAGGCAGGAGGACACAGACGGCACCUACCUAGAUCACGCCACUGCCCGGCGCUGCUCGGAGCCCUUCGCCCUCCUGCCGGCCAAGUUCCUGUCAAAGCUCAGCCUGGUGCCUGGCACAGACGCUGGCAAUGGAGAGGAGAUGCCUCAGGGCCUGGCCUGCGGAAAAGGUCAGGACAGAACCCGGGCAAAGCUCCCCCCAGCUCCCGGCAGUCGCUGGGUCUCCCUGCCCAUCCCCGUUCCGAGGCCCCCGCCGACGCCUGCCGGCCCCGCUGCACCCCGGGAUCCCGGCCCGACCUCGUGGGACGACAAGGAGGGACCCCCAGAGGAGCAGAUUUACCUGGUGUGUGAGCCGUCGAGCCCACCUCCCUGCAGGAUGACUCGCGCCCUGAUGCCCCCGCUCGGCCAGGUGCCCCCGCCAAAGCCCCCAAAGCUGUCCAAGCCAAAGAUCGCCCUGCCUGGGGCCCACCAGAGCCUGGCUGAUUCCUCCCCCGAAGCCUCGAGCAAAGCCCCAGCCUGGCCCAGGGGCAGUGGCUCCCUGGUGGAGGAUCCUGGCAUGCAGGACCAGGCCUGGUACGCGGGGAGCUGCGACCGGCACCUGGCGGAGAGCAUCCUGCAGGGGGUCAAUAAGGACAGCGCGUUCAUGGUGCGACAGAGUUCAGGGCAGGGCUGGAACCAGCCAUUCACCUUGGCCGUGCUGUACAAGGGCCACGUCUACAACAUCCCCAUCCGCUACGUGGAGAGCAGCCGCCAGUACGCGCUGGGCAAGGACGGGAAGAGCCGCGAGGAGCGGUUCGACAGCGUGGCCGGCAUCAUCCAGCACUACCGUGAGCACCCCCUGGUGCUGAUCGAGGGCAGCUCCGCCUCCAGGGCGCACACCUGCCUGCUCUUCCCCGUCAAGCCCUGAGGGCUGGGGACAGGCUGGGGGCCCAGCUGCGGCCACCCCCCAGCUCUGCCGUGUGGGACGCGAGGCUCUCUGCACUGGCCGCUUUGUGGCGGACAGCAGGGGGCGCCAGCGCUGCAGGAGUCCCCCGUGCUGGGCCAUGCAGCCCCCGCAGGGGACAGGGCUUGGGGGGCUGGGAGCUCCCCCCUUCCUGCUGUGGCGACUCCUGCUUUCCCCUCUGGGGGGGCCCCUGUUGGGGUGGGGCUUUCAGAGCCUUUGGGUUGCUCUGGGCCUCACUUGGCCUUUUGCUCACUGUGGGAUCUCCAAGCCCGCAGGGCUCGCCCGUGUCAGUAACCAGGGGGAUGCGCCUGGGGCCGCCUCCUGGAACCCCUCUGGGUCGCGGGCUGGGACCUUUCCAGAGCUUUCCGCUCUGUGCUGGGACUCCCCGGCCUUGGCCUCGCCCCAACAGCUAAUCCAGACAAGUGUGGGGGAGGGGGAGACUAGCUGCAUCAGGUGCUGGGCUGUGACCCAGGAGGCAGCGGGUUCGAUUCCUGCCACUUCCCCUCUCGGUGCCUCAGUUUCCCUUUCCAGCAUUGUCUAGUUAGCCCCGCCCACAGACCGCUCCAAGCCCGAGUCGUGGUCUGUGGCUGCGCAGCGCCCAGCACAACAGGGCCCUGAGCUCAUUCUCCAGGGGUCCAGGCCGUGCCCAGCACCAUGGGCCCCCUUUGGACCUCCAGGCCUUAGCCCCACGAUUGAAGGACACAGGCCUGACUGUUGGCCCCUGCCGGCCUGAGACCCCCAAGCCUGCUCUGCCACUGGGUGUCCAGUGGGUUGCAGAUGGGGCUAUGGCCGGAUGCUCCAGGCGGGGCUGAGCGCCGGGGAGCUGGGCCGUGGGCACUGACAGAGGACCCUUGAUCCAGCCCUUUGGCUCCUGCGGGGGCAGGUGAGGUCAGAAAGCCCAGGAGAGUUGGGCCCAGGCAGGUUGUGGAGGGGAGACCUGCAGGGAGCGGAGUGGGGGGCUCAGUAGGGGGCAGUCAGGGCUGGCCAGAGGGAGCCCCUCCCCCCCCCCCCGCUCAUUGACCCAUCGGGGCCCCAAUCACUAGAGUCCGUGAUGAGCUACAAGGGGGGUGGGGGUUGCAGCAGCCCCUUCGCUGCAGACAAUGCACCUGCCCCCCCGAAUUCCUGGACUCAU